AUGCAUUUGUUAGAAAUUUUUUUUCUAAUAAUUAAUUUUGUAUAUAUAUUUUUAACUAUAACUUCUGUUCAUGUUAGAUGUCCACUUUAUAUUAAUUCAAAACCACCAUGUUUUUUAUAUGUUGAUGUGAUAAACGAUCAAUUUUUUGCUAAAACUGUUACAAUUUUACCAAUUGAACUCUUACAAUAUUUAAUAGAUAUACGAAAAAGAACUUCUUAUAUUUCAAAUGGCAUAUUACCAAUGAAUAAAUAUCUUAUAGGUAAAAUAAACCAAACUACCAUGGUAAGAAUAUGUUUAAAAUAUAGAGUUAGAUAUCAAUAUCCAACAUUUCUUCGCUUGUAUACAAGCCAACCAAUGACAAGAUAUGAAUUAAAUAUGCUUCGAUAUGGUAAUGUUAAAAAAAAAGAUUCUUAA